GCCAGCAUGACGGUAAUGUUACCGCCCCUCGACGGCUUCUUUAAUACUUACAGCGGGCAGCGGGGUCGGUACCGGCGCGCCACCUCAGCCUAUUGCGGCGACGCUCGCUUGCGCGGCUGCCGGACGGACGGCGGAGAGUUAGGUUCGGCGGUGAAUGGCGUCCGGGUGCUCUGACAGCCUCUGGCUGGCGUCGAAUCCGAGCAAGAGAUGGGGGGAAGCGUUCUUUUUACUCUACACACCUUUCUGGCUCACCCUAUCCCUCGGGAUCAUCGUCCCCUAUAAGCUUUACGAGAGAUUCACAGAAUUGGAGUAUCUGAUUCUCGGGCUGGUCUCGGCUACCCCAGCAUUUUUUAUACCACUUCUGAUCGUGGGGAAGGCAGACAGUGGAAAAUGCUGGAAAGACCGGUACUGGGUGAAGGCAAAUCUGUGGAUUGUGAUUUUUAGUUAUGUUGGAAACUACUUCUGGACUCAUUAUUUCUUCACAGUACUUGGAGCAUCAUACACUUUUCCUUCAUGGAGAAUGAACAAUGUUCCACAUGUUACUUUCCUUCUCACUCAUUCUUGUUUCCUGUUUUACCACAUGGCAUCAAAUAUAACACUUCGCAGACUGCGCCAUUUCCUCGCAGAUUUACCACAAUCAAUUCGCCUAGCCAGUGAAGCUGCAUGGAUUUUAGCUCUUUCUUAUUUUAUUGCUUAUCUGGAGACUUUAGCUAUUGCAAAUUUCCCCUACUAUGAGUUUGUUGAUCGGGAGUCGAUGUACAAAGUAGGAUCAUUGUUCUAUGCAAUUUAUUUCCUAGUGAGCUUCCCCAUGUUUGUGAGGGUAGAUGAGAAGGAUGAUCAACCAUGGGACCUUCCAAGGGUGGCUGUAGAUGCACUUGGUGCGGCGAUGCUUGUGACUAUAAUACUUGAUCUAUGGCGCAUAUUUCUUGGACCCAUAGUUCCGACUCCAGAAUGGCGGCAAUGCAGUCAACCAGGGCUUGCAUGGUUCCACAAACCAGAAGGCGCCAUCCAGGAUCCUAGUAUAUGAUUUGGACCAGUAGGCGAACACUGCAACUUUAGUUAUCUGCAGUCUGUGCUUAGUAAUUAGACAUUUAGAUCUUCCUGUUUGUAUCUUCCUGAUGUGUUCCUUUCCUAAUUUGCUCUGUUUGAAGAACCUGGCAUUUCAAAAUGCUGAACUUGGUAUGCUAAAAUGCAAUCUGGGAUCUGAGAACGUCAAGUUGUUUCUUAGGACAAGUAAUUAAUUUGAAUGUACUUCCAACAGUUUUACUGAA